CUAGCUUGAUGCUAGCGGCUGCGUAAUGCCGGGAGGAGGCUGCAGGUGAAUGAUUAGCAGCUCCCACCUUCCACCGUCCCUCCUCUUUAACAAACUCGGAGGUACUGAGCGCGGCGAUGCUCCGCUGGGACUGACGGGCUCCUGUUCACAAACAAACGUCAGCGUUUCAUUCAAAGUGAGCGCCAGGACGAGAGCGCGCCGCGGAGUCCGGACUUAGCAGUUUGUAGACAUCAGCUGUGUCAGGUCGGUUGCUGUGAGAGGAGGAACCUCAGAGCGGCAGCCAUGUUGUCGGCGGAGGAGAUUCUGUGCAGCACACAGCAUGUGAUCGCAGGGCUGGAGGCUCUGAGAGGGGAGAACCGCAGCCUGCUGGACAGCCUAAAGGAGGUGAUGGAGAGCCGGGCAGUAUCAGAGAGCAGCAGCGUGGAGCAGGAGAAGACCAGCAUCAUCCGCCAGUCGCUGGAGAGGAUAGAGCUGGGGCUGAGCGAGGCACAGGUGAUGAUGGCACUGUCAGCUCACCUCGGUUCCCUCGAGGCAGAGAAACAAAAGCUCCGAGCUCAGGUUCGUCGUCUCUGUCAGGAGAACCAGUGGCUCAGGGAUGAGCUGGCUGGUGCUCAGCAGCGGCUGCAGGACCGGGAGCAGGAGGUCGUCACCCUCGAGGAGCAGAACAGACACCUGCAGUUCAUGUCCUCCAUACGCAAGUACGACCAGGAUGAGCCCCCCCUGGAUGACAGAGACACUUCCUUCAGCAAAGAGUCGCUGGAUGACCUGUUUCCCGCCGAGGAUGAGGAGCAGUCACCGAUGUCCCAGCCUCACCACAGCAGCGCCGCAGCUGCAGCCCAGCAGGGCGGCUACGAGAUCCCCGCCCGCCUUCGAACGCUCCACAACCUGGUCAUCCAGUACGCAUCCCAAGGCCGAUAUGAGGUAGCGGUACCUCUCUGCAAACAGGCUUUGGAAGACCUGGAAAAGUCCUCGGGCCACACCCACCCUGACGUAGCCACCAUGCUCAAUAUACUGGCACUGGUGUACAGAGACCAGAACAAAUACAAAGAGGCAGCAAACCUGCUGAACGAUGCUUUGGCCAUCAGGGAGAAAACUCUGGGGAUGGACCACCCGGCUGUGGCAGCGACACUCAACAACCUGGCAGUGCUUUAUGGGAAAAGAGGAAAAUACAAGGAAGCGGAGCCGCUUUGUAAAAGAGCUCUGGAGAUCAGAGAGAAAGUUCUCGGCACAGACCAUCCAGAUGUGGCCAAGCAGCUGAACAACCUGGCUCUGCUGUGUCAGAACCAGGGCAAGUACCAGGAAGUGGAGCAGUACUAUGAACGCGCUCUGCACAUCUACCAGAGCAAACUGGGACCGGACGACGCCAACGUGGCGAAAACCAAGAACAACCUGGCGUCGUGCUAUCUUAAGCAGGGGAAGUACAGACAAGCUGAAGCUCUUUACAAAGAGAUCCUCACCAGAGCGCACGAGAAGGAGUUUGGAUCUGUUGAAGGCAGGAACACAGAUCGUACACCUUUCGUCCUCCUCGGUCCUCCAGGUGACGGUCGUCCCAGCUGGGCCGGGCCGGAGGACGGCGGCUCCAGACAGGACGGACUGAAGCGCAGCGGCUCCUUCACCAAACUCAGAGAGUCGAUAAGGCGGAGCAGCGAGAAACUGGUCCGCAAGCUGAAAGGGGUCGGAGUGGAGGAAACGGCCCCAAGGAAUGCUGGGAUGAAGAGGGCAAACUCUCUGAAUGUUUUGAAUGUUGGAGUCAGAGAAAGUCAGGAUGGCAGCAAGUCGAGUCAGCUGUCGGAUAUUCGGGGCCUGAGCUCCAGCACGCAGAGCCUGAUGAGAAGAGGCUCGCUCGGUGGGACCAGCUAACCCAGAAACGAGCACAUCCCUCUCGACCAACACGGCGCAGUGUGUGUAAUCGGUGUGAGAACACCUCCAGAGCUGAGACUUUUAAAGUCUGUAACAUCAGAUCUCUCUUACACAGAGGACUGGGUCACAUGUUCAAUCUUUCCUUCCUGAUCACUUGAAACUUGAUAUCCGCUCAUUCCUGGUUUAAGGUUACAAGUUCAGUUUGAUCAUUUCCAGUUUUUACGUUGAUCUUAAACUUGUUUUAAAAGUCAUUUUAAACUAGUUAAGCUGCGUUCACCCUGCAGACUGUGGUCCUGCCCGUUUCUCAUGUUCAACUGUGGGACAUUUAAAGAAGCACUAAAAAAAGGAGGAUAGAUAGAUGUAUAUAAAGAUUACAUUUCCUAAAAUUGAGCGGUGCAUUGAUACUAAAGAUCAUAUUUUACAUUUUUUAUAAUUUGAGAAGCACAGGGAUCAAAAUGUUUUCUGUCAGAGUUUACACCUUUAAAAAUAUGAUAAAUGUGUUUGCCUUUAAAAUGUGCUGGUCACCUCUAAUUUAUACUGUUAGUCUGUGUUAUUGGGCCUGAGUCUGCUCUGACAUUAUUCCAGCACAGCUAAAGCACAUAUCUGACUUUUAACAUGUGUACAUAGGUAAUCUCUUCAGUUUAUGGCUGCAAACCAUCACUCUGAGCUCAGUAUUUACCGAUUACCUGUCAGCAGUGUAAAGGUCUCUCUAAACUGGUUGCUGUGUGCCUAAAUGUCAGGUUUGCUUUAUGGUUUUUACUGGAUUUGGAUUGAAAUGAAGCCUCUUUACUGAAAGCUUCUGUGUGGCUUUAACACAUUCUGGCUUCUUUUUGUAGCUGAAGGUUCAAAAAGCACAGCAACGAGUAGGAAAAAUAUCAGAGCGGGUGCGAGUUUGCAUCCGUGUUUAAAAUAGCAAACAUUGAUAAACAGCUGACGUCUAACCUAUGAAGAGACUCCAAACAAAACGCAGCCAGCAGAGGAGCAGAUCUGCAGCCAGCAGAGGAGCAGAUCUGCAGCCAGCAGAGGAGCAGAUCUGCAGCCAGCAGAGGAGCAGAUCUGCAGCCAGCAGAGGAACAGAUCUGCAGCCAGAUGAUUCACAUCCACGGGACGCAGAAGCAGCUGAAACCUGAGCCGCUUCCAGGCUGCUGGUUGCUUUGUGGCUUUUUGCUCUGUGGUGGUUGAAGUAGCUUAAAGUCGCAUAAUGAGCUGCUGAGAUCGCGUACUUUAAGGCAUGUAGGUCAUGAUGUCUGCUUUUCACUGAAAUGCCUGAAAUCCACAAAUACCUACUAAAAAAAAAAAAAGCUUCAACUAAUAUUGAAUGUAGUUUUUUCUGAUAUUUAUUAGUUUUUUAAACGACUGGAAGAGUUCAGCUGUAGAUUUGUUACAGAGAAUGAAACACUGUGUUCAUACACACUCAGGAAUAACGGACUGCUGCUGAAGGACGGAGAAACGCUGUGUGUGCGUCUGCUGUCAGUGUAAAAGUCUGUUACAAGCUUGAAGAGAAAUGAGACGCAUGUGUGUAUUUUACAUCUGCAGACUUGAGCUGUAAUAAAU